AUGAUGGGCCUGACUUGUCCCAUCCUUGCCACGCGCGCCCUGCGCAAUGGCUUCAUGCGCCUGUCUGUAUUUUCCAUGGCUGCAGUCUGGGAAGAUCAUCUCAGCAAGGCUACCCAGUUCGACAAACCAUUGAGUGAUCGGCAGUCCAGGCUUGAGGGCCCCUCUUAUUUUAAGUAUAAGAAACUGCUUGAACCCGCCUAUCGAGACAACAUGCCUUCAACCACGCAACAAGAACAGCCUUGGAAGCCCAUGCUGGCGAAUUUGCGAGGCAGCGGCAACGACAUCAAAGCGAAGCCCGACAGUGACGGUUUCGAAAAAGGAAAGCCGAUCAUUCUCGGUGGCCAAGGCGCUUGGGGCAAGUGGAAGGAGGAAACCCAGAGCCCGAAAGCCAAGGGACUCUGGUACGACACGGCUGAGGGCGGGGAAUAG